CGAUAUGUCAGGAGGUCGUCGGUAUUCCGCAAUCAGAAAAUGUUGGAUGAAUUAUAUUCCUUAGCUCCUAACACCGUUGCCGAUGUUUAUUAUUUCGUUUUAGGCACUACAAUAAGGAAAUAGCUACGAUAGUAAAUUUAAAGCACUUGAUGGCAUAACAGCCUUUGAGUUAGUAAUAAAAUCAAAUGUGCCUUGUAUAGUCAUCAUUUCUGGACAUUCCAGCUCUGACACUAAGGAAGACGCUAUAACAGGAUUCCUGGGAUUAACUUUUCGGAAUAUAUUUUGAUAGUGGUAUUGUUUGCACACGUCUCAUAUCACUCUCUGAGCUAUCAUAUUGGGUGUUCGCUCGACGAAGCCGAAAGGACCAAACUAAUGGAGAGUAGACCAUCCAAUUGGCUUGAAGGGAAUACAAAUGUAGUAUAUUAAACUAUUCCUAAUUGAUAGAUCAAUUUUAUAGUUUAUCUUACAAUUUAAACUUCUUCUAAGAAUAUUUAAUUUUUCCAAGUCAUAGUCUUCUCUUCCACCUACAAUCAUCAUACAAUGAUCGCCAGACAAGCUUUAAGAGCUGCUUCACGCCAAACACGUGCUAUUAGCACUAUCAACAGAGCUGCACCAGCUGUCGCACAACGCGUUGCUAUCCCAGCAGCUACCCGUGGUAUAAAAGACAUCGUUUUCGCCAAGGAAGGUGGUGUAGAAAGAGUCUACGAACGUAGCGACUACCAAGGUAGCAAACUCCAAGAAAUCCUCGGUAACGAAACCCUCGCUAUGAUUGGUUACGGUUCACAAGGACACGGUCAAGCCCUUAACGCAAGAGACCAAGGUAUCAAGGUCAUCGUUGGUGUACGUAAGGAUGGUCAAUCAUGGAAGGAAGCUAUCGAAGAUGGCUUUGUUCCAGGUGAAUCACUCUUCCCAAUUGAAGAAGCUAUCGACAGAGGUACCAUCAUCAUGAACUUGCUCUCAGACGCAGCACAAUCACAAACAUGGAAGGAUAUUGCUCCACUCAUCAAGCCAGGAAAGACCCUCUACUUCUCACACGGUUUCUCCGUUGUCUACAAGGAAGACACCGGUGUUAUUCCACCAAAGGAUGUCGACGUCAUCCUCGUUGCACCAAAGGGUUCAGGUAGAACCGUCAGAACUCUCUUCAAGGAAGGCAGAGGUAUCAACUCAUCAAUUGCUGUCUUCCAAGAUGUCACCGGUAAGGCAUUCGAAAAGGCAAAGGCCCUCGGUAUUGCCGUCGGUUCAGGUUACCUCUACGAGACCACAUUCGAAAAGGAAGUCUACUCUGACUUGUACGGUGAACGUGGUGUCUUGAUGGGUGGUAUCCAAGGAAUGUUCUUAGCACAAUACGAAGUUUUGAGAAAGAACGGUCACUCACCAUCAGAAGCAUUCAACGAAACUGUCGAAGAGGCAACUCAAUCAUUGUUCCCAUUGAUCGGUAAAUAUGGUAUGGACUACAUGUACAACGCAUGCUCAACAACCGCACGUAGAGGUGCAUUGGACUGGGCACCAAGAUUCUACGAAGCUAACAAGCCAGUAUUUGAAGCCCUCUACGAAUCCGUUAGAGAUGGUACUGAAACUAGACGUUCAUUGGAAUUCAACGGUCGUUCAACUUACAGAGAAGACCUUCAAAAGGAAUUGGAAAUCAUCAACAACCAAGAAGUAUGGAGAGCUGGUAAGGAAGUUCGUAAGCUUCGUCCAGACUACCAAGAAUAAAUGUAUUCCUCGUUAUAAAUCUGUUUUUAUUCACAUUUGGAACAAUUUGCA